AUGCCGAAAUAUACCAAAUUCCUUAAGGACCUUCUCAACUGUAAGGAUAGGUUAGGUGAGCUUUCAAACAUCCCGUUGACUGGAGGUUGUUCCACGGUGGUCUUGAAUAAGCGACCGGAUAAAUUAACCGACCCGGGUACAUUCACCAUUCCUUACUUCUUCGGAGGUGCUGUUACCCCCGCUCACACCUUAGCCAACUUAGGUGCUAGCAUCAAUUUGAUGUCGUUUUCUCUUUAUGAGAAGCCAGGGUUAGGAGAGCUUACACCCAUGCGUAUGUCAUUGUCCUUUGCCGACCGAUCGGUUAAGUAUCCUCGUGGAGUCAUAGGGAAGUUGCUUGUGAAGGUAGAUAAAUUUGUGUUUCCCAUAGACUUUGUGGUCUUAGAUAUGGAGGCCGAUGAGAGAGUCCCGAUCAUUCUUGGCCUUCCUUUCCUUCGAACCGCAAAGGCCAUCAUCGACGUCUUUAACAGUAAGAUUUCACUUAGAGCGGGCGACGAGAUAGUUACCUUUGAGAUAGAUAGAGCCAUGCAACAUCCUAGUGGUAGCGAUGAUUCUAGCGGUCCAUGUCACUCCGUUUACUUCCUAGAUUCGUUCAUCUCGUGCGUUGAUAUGUGUCUAGAUUUCAUUAGUGGGGCCGAUCUAGUUAGUGAGGGAGAAGUUGAAGAGGAGUUUGUUGAUGAGGGUGAGGAGGUAGAUUCGUCUUGGAUUCCCGAAACCCUAGAGCUAUGUAAGGUUAGGGAGGAGAGUGAGAGCAAACCCGUAGAUACUCCACCCCUAGAGCUUAAGGUUCUCCCAACCCACUUAGAGUAUGUUUUCUUAUGA